GGGACUCUAGCUGAGCGACUGAUUGAGAAAAUUUUUAAUUAUGCUACAAGUCCAUUCGAUUGGUUAGGAAAGAAGGCGGCUAACAGCAAAAAUGGAGUAUUUCAAAGAGUCUAUGGCCAACUGAAUUCAACGAUUCAAGUCUUCCGUUCCUUUGUAUUUAGAAAAACACCCAUUGAAAAUAUGUUUGUUCAACUUUAUUAUCACGAGAAAAUACGUGGGAAAAAAUUGAAGGGGAAAGUUUUAAAAAUAAUUGGCAAUUUUCAAAAGGAUUUGAGGGAGGAAAAGACUUGGAGGGAAAUCAAAAAAGAUUUUGGGGAAUUAAUGAAAGAAAUUGAAAUUUUAGUGAAGGUUUUGACCUUAAAAGAGGAGAAACCUAAAAAUAUAGAGAAAAUGCUGAAACAGAUGGUAGGUGAAAAGGAGCAAUUAAAAGGAAAGGAGGAGAAGGAUUACAGCUUUGAUUCUACUAACUUUUUUGAGGAGAUCAUUAAAGGGCUCAAGCAAGUAACGAAUAUAUCUAAAAGGAAUCUGAACGAGAAGGAAAAUGUUGAGUGGACUGAUAUUAGAAGCUGUACUAUUACGAAGUUUCGAGUGAGUCUAGAUUUAAUUCGAAACUCAUCUUUAAUGUAA